GAGCAUUUUGUAAUCGAGACUGGUUUGUGACGUGCCACAUGUUUCUGCAAGCUUAACCUGCACAAAAGCGGGCAAAAAUAAAGCCUGAAGCGGAGGACAGCAUACAUGCGAGGGUGCGAGACGCAAUCACAGAGGAAAUGGAAUAUUUCGAGAUCUUACACAUUCAGUGAUGUGCUUUUUUAUCGAGAGAUGCGAUGACAUCAAGGGCCAGGGCCCAGGGGAAGCGCCAACACCGUGUCCUCUUCGCACAUUCGUCACCAGACACGACCACUGACGCGCUGAUACUCCUGGUGCAGUCCGGGUGACACAGACACCCCUAAGGCAUCUCUACUGUUUCCACUGUGCUGUCACCUGUGCCUCACUUUCCCUGUGUGUCAGCAUGGCACUCUGGGUAGUGUGGGUCCUCCUGGCAUUUCUGUACUCUUGCCAGGCGCUGCUCAUCCCCCGAGUCUCCUUCGCCAUAGGUAGUCCAGGUAGACUGUUCACCCACUUCAACAAUCCUGGCAUUGGGAACACCACCACGCUAUUGCUAAGCGACGAUGAGGCAAUGCUCUUUGUGGGUGCACGAGAUGCUGUGAUCUCAUUGGACGUCAGCCGUCCAGGUGUCAUGGAGAUAAGGAGUAAGCUGGACUGGUCCCCAUUGUCCAAAGACCUGGAUGGUUGUGCCAUGAAGGGCAAGAAAAAGGCGGACUGCCCCAACUUCAUUCGGGUGCUGCAGUUCCUGAACUCCACUCACAUGUACGCCUGUGGGACCUUCGCCUUCAGUCCCCGCUGCAUCUACAUUGACUCCCAAACGUUCGCCCCUGUGACUGGCCCCAGCGGCAAGCCGGACGAAGGUCGAGGCCGCUGCCCGUACGACCCUUACCAGAGGAACACGGCCCUCAUUGUUGACGGGGAGCUGUACACGGGCACAGUGGCAGACUACAGGGGGAACCGGCCUGUCAUCUCACGUCACCUGAGCGAGGGGAGCCACAUCGACCUGAAGCUGGACGACACGCUGGGCUGGCUGGAAGAACCCACCUUCAUCAGUUCGACCUUCAUCCCCAGCGAGGAGAAGGUCUACUUCUUCUUCAGUGAGGUGGGGAGAGAGUAUGACUUUAUCGACAAGUUCACUGUAUCUCGCAUCGCCCAGGUCUGCACGAGUGACGUAGGGGGCCAGCGUACACUGCAGAGACGGUGGACCACCUUUGCCAAAGCACAGCUCCUCUGCCAGUCGGAGAACGAGCUGCCCUACAAUGUACUCCAGGACAUCGUCACCCUCCUUCCACCAGAGGGCGUCUCCUCAGACGAAACCCUGUUCUAUGGCAUCUUCAGCUCCCAGUGGUCCGUAAACUCUGGGCGCUCAGCGGUGUGUGCGUUCCGACUUGGGGACGUCAAAGCGGUUUUCUCAGGGAACUACAAGGUGCUGAACCGCGACACACUGAGAUGGAGCACCCGAGUUCAAGAAAAGGUCGCAAAUCCUGGAGAGUGUGGGCUGCACAAUGCCUCUGACAAUACCCUGAGGUUCGUGAAAGAGAACUUCCUGGCAGAUGAGAGCGUUCAUCCUGUAAGCCGGGGCCUGGCCCUGGUUUCUCCUGACCAGCUGUACAGCAAGGUUGCAGCCCAGAGGACCCGUGGAGCCAACGGCAAGAACUACACUGUACUCUUCCUGCUCACAGAAUCUGGCUUCCUUCACAAAGUGGUGCUGCUGGAUAAGGGACCCCACAUCAUUGAGGAGCUCCAGGUCUUCCAGCAGCCGCAGUCUGUGAAGAAUCUGCUCCUCUCUGUCAAGAAGGGCGUGGCUUUCGUGGGCUCCUCUGAGGGUGUGCUCCAGGUGCCAGUAUCUAACUGCUCCUUCUACUGGAGCUGCGCCGAAUGCGUGCUGGCCCGGGACCCCUUCUGUGCCUGGGACCCUGCUCGUAAGGUCUGCGCUGAUGUGUCCAGCAUACAGGGCGACGCCGUGCAAGAUGUGGAGGGGGGCAAUGUGAUAGACACAUGUAAACCCUCUACCAUAAACCCUAAAGCGAAACUGGGUCAACCCACAGUCGUCUGUUCCCCGGGUGAGCAGCUGUACGUCUCCCUGAAUGAAGUGGUGAAGCUCCAGUGUCCCGAAGCCUCCAAACUGGCGUCACUGCACUGGGAGCGGCCCAACAGCCGGCUCUCCCAGGACCUCUACCUGCAGCCGGGCAACGGCAGCCUGCAGUUCCUGGCCACGCCCGUCACGCUGGGCCACUACAUGUGCGUCUCGGUGGAGAACGGCUUCAAGCAGACCCUGGCCAUCUACUCCGUGAAACAGAGGAACAGCGGCACCACCACCCAAGCCGUCAGCUCCACCCGCGUGCCUAACCGGCCUACAGCAGACACAGGGAGGGGGGCGGGGUCCAAGACAAAAAUGAUGGCGCCCACCACAGUUUCGAAAGGAAUGGGCGCCAUCACUCCGAGAGUGACCAGGAACUUGACCUCAGUCAACCAGCCAAGGUUAACCGAGGCUAGGCAGUCCAUGGACAAUAGUAGCUACUUUGAGGAGCUGGUGGUAGUGUCCGUCUUGCUGGCACUGACGCUGUGCGUGCUGAUGCUGGGGGCAGUCUUUACGCUGCGGCAGAGGUGCAGGGGUAGAACCGCGCCUCAGGUCUGUCCCAAGAAUGACUCCGAGACGGGCAGCCUCCAGGAGCAGGACCCCCUCACUGGCACUGCCAAACAGAACGGGGUGGUGCACAACGGACUGGUGCAAAACGGGCUGGCGCACGGCAGAAGCCCUUCGGUGAAGAACAGUUCGCCAAGGGCGUCCAACGGGUACUUGCCCAACACCCCUAUGUAAUCAUCAUGGGCAGUCUCACCGUGAAGCUACUAGACUCUGAAUCAGCAGAGCAGGAAUGCGUAGACUGGGCUAAAGCCAGAAGGAUCAGUGUACUUUCACGUACAAAUGAAGCAAAGACUUUGGUUUCUGCACGUUUGAGCGGCCUCUGUGAUUCAAACAUGUAACAGAACUCUAUGCUUCUGCGCUCCACUGGGGGGCAGUAGUGUGUUUUGUGAGUGUGAGUUGAUGUGUGUAAAUACAUUACAUACGAUUAUAGACUGCUUUUAUAUAUUCCCUGAAUUGCAGAAGGGUCAAUAUGCAGAUCUGUAGAAUGUAUGUGAACUUAAAUGUGUCCAAACACUGCCUCUACCCCCACCCUCCAAAAAGUAAACUGCAAACGGGACACCAAAGGCCUGCAAGACAUCCACUCAGGUUGUAGGCAUUGAAGUGAUAGAGGUUGUGCAUGAAACAACAUCGCCUUCUCUUUCUUUUACUCUUUUUUUACUGCCUGGGUUUGCACUGUUAAAUCUGUACGAGUCUUCUGUGCUGCGUCUUAUUCAUAUUAGACGCAUAAUCCACUAGAUUUUCAGUCUAGUUUUUCAGUCUUAUUUAUUCUUUUAUUUUUGUUUCUGUUUAAAUAUGAAGCUAAAAACUUUAAUGUUCCUGUUUCUCAUUUUCCGAUG